AUGAUCACUGGAGAUAAUGAAAAACAAGUAUUCCUAUGUAUCAUUGGAAGUGAUAUAAGAAAAACGUUAGAGGGUCAAAGAAGGCCAUUUUGGAAAUCGGUUGAAAAGGAGUUUGACAAACGUGGACAAUUCAAAUUCGCAUUAUGUUAUUUAACAAAAUUUUUUAUAGAUGACAGACCGGAUAAUAAGGAAGAAGAAAAGAAAAAGAACUCACGAACGGACUGGCUUAUGGUCUAUAAUAGAGCUGAAAUACAGUAG